UAUUAGUUGUAAUAUAACUAGGGUUAUAUUAGAUCAACACAUUGAGAACAUCAGAUAUGGUAAACAAAAUAUUAGCUGUACUUCAUAUAAUCAAACAUGUAGAUGAGUUUGUUUCGUAAUGAGGAGAAUUCACUUUUGCAUGGUGUUUGAAGAUUAAUGUAUGUAUAAUGAUAUUGUUUUUAAACCCCAAUAACAAUAAUCACUUUCUCAGAUCAAGCUGUUCUGGGUUUCUUGGAAGAGUGACGUAGUUCUGCACAGGCUGAUUAUUGACCCAUAACUAUUAAUAUUUCCUAAUAAUGUGUUAGCAAGUUUCGCGAUGAAUGCAGAUAAAGUUAAAAGUCUUGGAGAAUGGCUGGUCACCCCAAGAAAGAGGGGGAAGAACAGAGCUCAUUAGCAUUUAAAGAGACACGCACUGAUACGGGAACAAAGUAGUUUUACCAACACAGGCUUAUUGGAAAUAUGUGCCUCUAUACGUUUCUGCAAAACUGAAGAAAAACACUAAUCACUGCAGUUUCCUGUUGAAAUGAAAACCUUUAUUCCUUUUCACACACAAGCUGGAAGGACACUAAACACAAGCGCACACGGAAUAUGGGGUAAAAAGUUGCUCAUCGUCAAAAAAUGCUGUUUUGGGGUUUUUUUAGCCUCCAAAUGAUUUUUAAAAUAUGCUUGCAUUCACUCAUAAUCAAAUGCCUAUUAUUUUAAAUAACUUACAUUUCUUUUGAAAGGCAAUUGAAAGGUAAAAUCUGCCACGAAGUAAAACAGCUGGCAGCGUUUGAUAUUAUUGUUGGUUUCGUUUUGUUUUAAAAUAUUAAAUGUUUCUCCACUGGCAAAUAUUUCUUCUGUUCUAAGUUCUGACCAUUCAGCUGACCUCAUACACAAAGUGAAGAUGGUUUUGGUGAAGUAGGCUGUUGAAGAGAGGCUCUUGCACACACUCUUUCACAGUGGUUUGUUUUGUUCUGACAGUGCAGGGGCAGGGUCCACUGUUUGCCGUCUUAUCUGUUAUCACACUUUCAUAUUGUAGCAAGGCAGAUAAACUAGAAAGCCAAGGUGAUCUCUAUUCACACAAGACAUAAACUCGCUUUAUUCUAGUUUUACCAGUUGUACCAUAGAUGCAUAGAUCCACGGUAUGUAACCCUGCUUGAUCUGACUGGCUUUUUAAACUUUAUAGACUGGUAGUCGAGAGUAGGCUACGUUUUUUUUUGUUGUUUUUUUUUAUGUAUACUUCUUAAUGGACAAGUACACGAACACACCUUCUGUGGACAUUUGGCUUUCUCGCCUGCUUUAUGGCGGUGGGGAAGGCUCUCUGGACAGGCUCCUCCCAUCCGUCAAUACCAGCCUGUCGCCUCGAAAACGAACCACCAGCCAAUGCAAAUCAGAGCCUCCGUUGCUGCGGACCAGUAAGAGAACCAUCUACACCGCUGGACGCCCGCCGUGGUACAAUGAACACGGGACCCAGUCCAAAGAAGCUUUCGUUAUCGGGCUUUGUGGAGGCAGCGCUUCAGGCAAAACAACCGUCGCUCGUAAAAUCAUCGAAGCCUUGGACGUUCCUUGGGUCGUUCUUCUGUCCAUGGAUUCCUUCUACAAGGUGCUGACGGCCGAACAGCAGCUGCUGGCUGCUAGCAACGAUUACAACUUUGACCAUCCAGACGCCUUCGACUUCAUCCUGCUGGUGCACACUCUCCGUAAACUCAAGCAGGGCAAGAGCGUGAAGAUCCCGGUGUAUGACUUCACCACACACGGCCGGCAGAAAGAGUGGAAAACGGUGUACGGAGCCAGUGUCAUUAUAUUUGAGGGCAUCAUGUCGUUUGCAGAUAAAGAGCUGCUGAAGCUGCUGGAUAUGAAGAUCUUUGUGGACACCGAUUCUGACAUCCGGCUGGUACGGAGGCUCAGGAGGGACAUCACGGAGCGCGGCCGGGACAUCGAGGGAGUCAUCAAACAGUACAACAAGUUCGUGAAGCCAGCUUUUGAACAGUACAUCGAGCCCACCAUGAGACUGGCGGAUAUCGUGGUGCCCCGGGGUGGCGGCAACAUGGUGGCUAUUGAUCUUAUAGUACAGCACGUUCACAGUCAACUGGAGGAGAGAAAGCUCCGCUGGGAUAUGGCAGCCCUGGCGUCUGCCCAUCAGGCCCAGCCCCUUCCACAGACCCUCAGUGUUCUGGAGAGUACCCCGCAGGUCCGCGGCAUGCACACCAUCAUCAGAAAUAAAGAGACCAGUCGAGACGAGUUCAUCUUCUACUCCAAGAGGUUAAUGCGGCUUCUCAUCGAGAGAGCACUGUCCUUCCUUCCAUCUCAGGUUCACAUUGUUCAGACCCCGCAAGGAGAAGACUACGAGGGCCGAACCUUUCACGGGAAGAGGAUUACGGGUGUGUCCAUUCUCAGGGCGGGAGAGACCAUGGAGCCCGCGCUGAGGGCCGUGUGCAAAGACGUCCGCAUUGGCAAAAUCCUCAUCCAGACCAAUCAGGACACAGGAGAGCCUGAGCUGCACUAUCUGCGUCUGCCCAAAGACAUCAGCGAGGAUCACGUGAUUCUGAUGGACUGCACCGUGUCCACCGGAGCGGCAGCCAUGAUGGCCAUCAGAGUUUUACUCGAUCAUGACGUUCAGGAGGAUAAGAUCCUGCUGGUGUCUCUGCUGAUGGCUGAGAUGGGCGUCCAUUCUGUGGCCUACGCCUUCCCUCAGGUCAAAAUCAUCACCACCGCCGUCGACAAGAAGGUCAACGACCUGUUCCACAUCAUCCCCGGCAUAGGAAAUUUUGGGGAUCGCUAUUUUGGCACGGACGCUCCCCCAGACUGGAGCGAUGACGACAUGGACGAGCCCAGCUGCUGACGCCUGGCACAUCGUGGCGUCGGAUAUUUGUACAUUAUAAAAUAUUUUUAUACUUUUUGGCACUCCCAGAACAGAAGUGUUUUAUGUGACGUUUUUAUUUAUGUUUUUUUUUUAAUGCGAGUUAUUUAAUGAUAUUACAGUACAGUCGCGUGUAACAUUCGAUUCUGAAGUACAUGCAGUUGAUUCAUCGCCUUACGUGUUUGUUGCCAUUUUAGGAAUCUGACGUUUAGUAUUUUUGGCGCUUGUGUGCCUCGUCAUGGCAAGCAGCGUGUCAUUUUUUUUAUUAUUGUACACCGUUUUAUGCAGCAGUCAAGUUUCAGAGAGUAAAGCGAGACUGAAAGCGCUUGCUACUCUUAGACAGUGAAUUUCUUUGAAGGACCACUUCAUCGGAAAAAAUGUGUGGGCGUUGCUUUGUUUUAAUCUUUGCUUUCUCUCUCUCUCGCGCGCGCUUUACCUGCAGACGGCUGCUGACCAAACCGCACGCUGUUAACAAUUACACUUUCACAACUGCGUUCUGUAUUUUUUAUUUUUUUUUGUACCGUUUUCUGAAAAAAUUUGAAGAUGUUGAGGGUUUCUCUAUCUGUGUAUCAAACCGAGCAGCUCUUGUGAAAUGUAGAUGUGAUCUGUAUCAUCAUCGGCGGCCAUUUGUUUUUAGACACAGAGAUGCCACCUAGAUAAUGUCGCCGUAAGAAUAACUUUCUUUCUUUUCUUUUUUCCGAUCCACAAAAGUGCAGCAUCUUGCACCUGUCCAGCGAGUCUGUAGCUGCCUUCACCAUAUAUGGCAGGCAUCUGCUUGAUGUCGAGAACGCACGGGACACGCAAGAACAAAACUAGCCCACAGGAAGUGUUGGUGUUUGGCCUGAAAUUCAAGCCAAUGGGCGUUGCGCUCGCUCUUGUUAUGGAUGUCACAUUGAUAUCUCUCCGUUUUAUCGUUGUUGUUUUUUUACCCCACUGAGCACUUUGAGAAAGUACCUAGCUUGAAGAAAUUACUUCGUCAUGAAAAUACUGCUUCAUCGUGUGCAACAGUUAACCAAAAAAAAAAAUAAUUGUACUGCAAUAUACAAAAUAAGUCGUCUUCUUUUUAAUGUUUGAUAUUAAAAUGCCUACAAUAUUAUAUUAAUUGGGAAGCACUGAGAUCUGCCAUGAUAAUGUCAAGGCCUAGUGAAUGUAUCUACUGUGACUUCUGUCUUACAACAGGAUUUAUUUAGCUAUUUAUUUAAUUGCGUUGUCAUUGCACAGGUUCUGGAAUACUUGAUUCCGAUUGGUCGGUCUGAUAUUUUUGCUUAAUGACUGCUAUGCUGUAUAAUUGAUGUUCUUCAAGACGUUGACUCAUAUCCACACCUUGCAUAAUAAAUUAAUUUAAACCGAA